AUGGCGGCGGCAUCUACAGAGAUUCCAGAGGCAUUGGCAGCAACCGCUUCAGUAGCAGCUGGAGUGACAGACAACACCACACCCUUGGCAGCAACAGCAUCAGUAGCAGCUGGAGCUGCAGUCGUUGCAGUCGCUGCUGCAGCAGAGGCAGCUGUUGCCUCCGUGGUCGACCAUGGCAGCGUCCAAGCGCAGGCCUGUGCCGCGAUACAGGCUGCGCAGGCCGCCUCCGGCACAUCGCAGGCCCAUCAGGUAGCCAACCAACCAUGGGAUGCUCACCUCGAAGAUCCCAGCAGUCAAAAAGGCUACAGCUUCAUUCCGGAGAUGACACCAGAAGAGCGCCGAGCAAGUCUAAACGUGUGUGGACCACGCGCCACCGAUUUCAUGAACCGCUGCGAAUUUAUCGGUCUUGGCUGUUACUGUGCACCAUCUUAUGCACUCCAGCUUAUGGGACUUCGAAAGAACUCGUACCCUUUUGACUGGACACGCAGCUCUUUGGAGGGCGUCCUCCAUUGCAUAGACAUGAAGUUCGAAGACUUCAUGACAUACUCCACAUACCAGAUGGUGGAUCAGCAUGUGGUUUUCGGAGGGACGAGAUGGGGUGGAAGUUUCUGGCACCACAACUUGGAGGCGCCACUGACACUGGAGGACAUGACUCGUCGUGUUCGCCGUUUCCUCGGACUGGGAGACGUGCCAACGAAAGUCCCGCGGGUCUUCGUGCGGAUCAUCAACUCUACACGCGAACUCCGCCAACUUCAGCGGCUGCGGCAAACCCUGAAGGAGGCAUUCCCAGAUGCACAGGAGAUCUACUUGCUCAUCCUUGUGGAAUUGCAGAAUGAGCGUGGUCCGAUUGUGGUGAAUGCGCCGGAAGGUGAGGGCGUGGUCGUGUUCAGCUUCACAGAGGAGGAGUUCCGUCAGGUGCCUGCACCCGGACGCCAUCCCUUGGCGCUGUCAGGAGGGCGGUGCUGUGAGGCUAUUGCUGCAGCAGUGAAGUUUUGGUCCAGGGAUGGCGCAGACGGACUGGAAUUGAAGACAUACGAUUCCUUCGCCCAGCUCUCAUCGAAGAUCUACCAGUUCGAUGGCGGAGAUCCAGCGCGGGAGUUAUUUGUCCCCCGCCGCUUCUGGGGCCAGCAGCUGAACUUGUUCGGGACAGAUUCGCUGGCCUUGGCAAACUUGCUUUCCACAAUGCAGCAGCAAGCAUUCAUGCUUCCAGCUGGUGUGGAUGCAUCAAAGCCUUUUCCCGUCCAGUGCUUCGGUCGCUAUCUCCAAGUCAUCUUGCCCCCAUUUGCGCAACCCGGACUCGUGGUCCAGCUCUUCUUGAACAACGGCCAGCUAAGUGCCAUGCUGUCCUCUCUCUACGAGGGCCGCCUGGUAAACUUAACAGAAGUUGUCGUUGAGGACUGCCUGCAAAUCAACUGA